AUGAUGUGUGACAAGCCGCCGUCGUCACCCAGUGAAGCAGGGCUUGUUUGCAUUCAUCAGCCGGCGACCGUGUCAUGUGACAAGCCGCCCGAUGUAGGCCGGUUUGUCCGCCGAGAAAGUGCCAUUUUCCGCAUUCACUCCCCUGCUGCGUCCUCGGUGACCCGUGGGACUGCUUGCCGCAGCAGGAGAAUGACGAGCUGUAAUAGUCAGCUGAAAGUUGCUCGCCACCUGAGGGUGGCCGAUCGGUGGGACCCGAUGGAGGAAUCGGAGGAAGGAGAGACUAGAGACAACCUCUGUGAUGUGCUGCUUUGGGUGCUCCUGUUUCUGCUGCCUCUGGCUGACGGAGCUCACAUUGAAGACGGCGAUUCCGCUGCGGGACUGGAUUUGGGUCACGCGGCGCCAUUGUUGGAGGGCCAAGAGGAGCAACAAGUUGUCACGCUGUCAGAGGAGCAGGAAGACUACAUGUACUCUCCGUGGCAUCAUCUAUAUGACCCUUUCGUCACAGACGAAGCGGACGAUGAUCCCAGCUCUCGCUUGAUUGUCCGCGCGCCGCGUUCCUUGGACGCCUCCGAACUUCAACCAAAGAAAAAAAAGCGAAAGAAGACGGGAAAAGAUGAAACAAGCGAGAAGGGAGAAAGAAAAUCCCGUAGUAAAAACAAGCAAAGCAAGCAGAGCAGCAAGGACUGCCAUGUUGAGAAGCGAGAGAUGAAAGUUCGCGAUCUGGGAUUGGGCUUCGACUCGGACGAGAUCAUCCUUUUCAAGUUUUGCGUGGGCUCCUGCCAGUCUUCCAGGACUAACUAUGACUUGGCGCUGAAAACUUUACUGAAGAACGGCUCGCUGCCACGACGUACGGCCCGCAAGGUCAGCACCCACCCGUGUUGCAGACCCGAACGCUAUGAACCAGUUUCUUUCAUGGACGCUCAGACCACGUGGAGGACCAUCACAUCCUUAUCGGCUGCUAGCUGCAUUUGUAUGGGCUGA